UAUCUGGUUUUUUUUCUUUUUCCUCAUUCACUCUCACAGCUCAGAGCUGAAGAAAAAUGGCUACGCCGUGUCCAUCUUUUCUCUCAACUCUCUCGCUCCGGUCCAAGCCUUCGCUUGCUCAACCGCACCGUCUCGUCUCGACCGGAUUAUCUAAGCCCCGGUUCACUUGCCGGGCCGGUCAGACCGGGUUCUUUACCCGGUUGGGCCGGCUGAUAAAGGAAAAAGCCAAGAGUGACGUGGACAAGCUCUUCUCGGGCUUCUCCAAGACACGUGACAAUCUCGCGGUCAUCGACGAGCUUCUACUCUACUGGAACCUCGCCGACACCGACCGCGUUCUCGACGAGCUCGAAGAGGCUCUGCUGGUAUCCGAUUUUGGGCCAAAAAUUACAAUUAAAAUUGUGGAAACCUUGCGGGAGGAUAUACUUUCUGGGAAGCUCAAAUCUGGAAGCGAAAUAAAGGAUGCGUUAAAGAAGAGCGUGCUGGAUUUAUUGAAUACGAAGGGCAAUAAAACUGAACUUCAACUUGGAUUCAGGAAACCAGCUGUUAUUAUGGUUGUUGGAGUAAAUGGAGGUGGCAAGACAACAUCUCUUGGGAAGCUGGCUCACAGAUUGAAGAGUGAAGGGGUGAAGGUAUUGAUGGCUGCAGGUGAUACAUUUCGAGCAGCUGCCAGUGACCAGCUGGAGAUAUGGGCUGAGAGGACUGGGUGUGAGAUUGUUGUUAGUGAAGGAGAGAAGGCUAAAGCAUCAUCAGUUCUUUCACAGGCGGUGAAGAGAGGAAAAGAACAAGGUUAUGAUGUUGUCUUAUGUGACACUUCUGGACGGCUUCACACUAAUUAUAGCUUGAUGGAAGAGUUGAUUGCUUGUAAGAAAGCUGUGGCCAAAGUUUUGCCAGGUGCUCCUAAUGAGAUUCUGCAAGUUCUGGAUGGUACAACUGGUUUAAACAUGCUUCCACAAGCAAGAGAGUUCAAUGAUGUUGUUGGAAUAACCGGUUUGAUAUUGACAAAACUUGAUGGUUCUGCUAGAGGUGGCUGUGUGGUGAGUGUAGUUGAUGAGCUUGGUAUCCCUGUGAAGUUUGUGGGUGUUGGUGAAGGUGUCGAAGACCUCCAACCCUUUGAUGCAGAGGCCUUUGUCGAUGCCAUAUUCUCAUAGAGCCAAAAGGUAAAAAAGAUAGCCAAGGCUGGUAAGUAAAACAGUUCAUACAGCAUAGAAGUAAUGCCCUGCAAGUGUGCGCUUUAUGCUGUGAACAAAUUUGUGAGUGCCUGCUUAAGUUGUAUUUGCUGCUAUUGAUGCAUGACUGGGUGCUUGGACUGCUUCAUCUUGCUGACUGAGAUCCUGAUGCCGGCGGAGUGAACAGUGAACAAUGAUCUCCUCUAAAAUACAGAAAUUUGUUCAUUAGUCUUUAGAAUGUAAUAUCAAUUCGUUAUUGUUUGUUUGAGACACAUAAAAUAUUAUAUCAUUUAGCAUCAGAAAGUGCAACUUCCCUAGCCGUUCUAAUA